GCUCACUUGCCUCCUCCCCGAGAAGAUCCAUCAUGCCUCAGGUCACACUACGUCAUCUACGUUUCUUUAUCAUUCUACUGCCCGCUGCCUGUGUGCUGGUGCUGCUCUUACAGCGGAAGGAUGAGUUCACCGCCAGCCAGGAACAGAAGCGUCUCACACAAGGGUGGAAGGUGGGUGAGAAUGAGAAGUGUAAGCGGUGUCCCGUGGCGGGGCUGGAGACCAUCGAACAGUAUAGAGCCUAUCUCCACCACACCCAGACUAACUGUACAAUGAUGGCACAGUUUGGGGGCAAGCCACCGGCUCCCGUCGACGGAGCCAAGUAUGUGUGUCUGGAUAAGAGGUUCAACAUUAAGCCCGGCAACUGUACCGUCUUCUCCUUCGGUGUCAACAAUGAGUGGUCCUUUGAGGACGAUUUUGCCAAAUAUGGCUGCAAGGUGUACGCAUUCGACCCCACCAUGGGUAAGGAGGAUCACCAACGGUCCGCCAACGUUCGCUUCCAGGCCGUGGGCAUCGCUAACUACAAGGGCACAAAGAAGAUUGGUAUGGAUAACAGCUGGGCCAUGAGAAGGGUGGAUCGCUUCGAGAACUUGGUGAACCAGCUGGGACUCGCGGGUCAGGUGAUCGACUACGUGAAGCUGGACGUGGAGCUGUCGGAGGUGGACUUCCUGCAGGAUAUGCUCCUUAACUCUCCACACGUCCUCAGGAACAUCAAGCAGAUCGCUAUGGAAGUACAUGAUGGUCCCUUCAAAGGUGACCUGAGCCAGACAAGCACACGACAGGUGUUCUGGCCCUACUUCAUGCUGCUCAAGUGUCAGGACUUCAGACUGGUCCAGUCCCGUAAUGCAGGAUGGUGGCGAGAGGUGGUGUGGACCCGGGAGGUAAAGUGGUAGCCCCCGACCUCCAGCAGGGAGGUGGUGUGGGCCCAGGUCAUCUGAAGUCCUCCAGUUGGACGUGGUGUAGGCCCUGAAGGGCAACAAGUAGCCCCUAACCUUCAGUGGGAGGUUGUAUGGGCUCGGAAGGUUAACUGGUGGUAGCCUCAUAUUGUCCUGCCCAUAUGAUUAUUGUACCACAACAUCUAGUUUUGAGUACCAUAUGUCGAAGGAUAUCAAAAUGCCUUAGAGAGGAACACCAGUGACAAAAAAUGAAAGCUUAAUUGUUGUUUGCGAGGGAGUGCACAUGUUUUACAGGUAUUGAGGCUUAAUUUUUUUUAGUAUAUAUGCCGUUGAUUUUUAAGAUGUUUUCAUUGUUAACAAUAAUUUUGUAUUGUACACUAAUAAUCGUUAAGGUACAAAUUCAGUUUGAAGAUUUAUAUAUACUGUACAACUUUUCACUGAGCAGGACUACAACAAUACGAGUGAGUAGCAAACUCAAAAGCAACAAAAUAUUACAAAGUAUUCCAAUAGUAUUUAAAAAUCAAAUACUGAAUAGUCUUCCAGACUUAGUGACUGGAAGUUUUGAUAAUUAAUUAAUUACUUCUUUUGGUAAUUAUUUCAAACAGCGUCAGAAUAUUAAACUCAAACUAUAGUCUAUUUAUGGAAAGAUUUGGGUUGCACAAACAAUUUAAGGUGUGGAUUUUAAGAUUAAUACACGCCUAAUCUAUUAUUCAAUAUAUUGUAUAGAGUAUAUGUUUAUUAUUCGAUUAAGGAAAAUUAUUAAAUAGCCUCAUAUCUCGAAAAUUCUCAGUAUUUCACGACGGAUUUUUUAAUGGAUUAUAUAUGAUUUAUCUCCAAGACGUGGUUCUUUUGGAUAAAACUCAGCAGAUUUUCAUAUAAAGCAUAAUGUAUAUUGUUCUUUUGUAUAUAAUAUAAAUAAACUUGGCUAUAAAUCACAAGCCACUAUAA